CCAAUAGUCCGUCAACUCGACUAUGCCUGGCGAGCGUCGCAUCCUUCUUCCGACUUGGGAGGGGAACCAGAAAAUCGUCUCUACAGCGUCAGCCGGAAAGACAGCUAUAAUGCAUUAAUGCUGCACGAGGCAGACGAGGACGCUUUAAACGUCCAGUCAACCCCUGGUGUUCAGCAUGACGCAGAACGGAACGAUUCUAGUUCCGCUUAUGAAUGGAAUAUGCGAGACUGGAGCAAUCAAUUUGGACAUUAUCUCGAUCCAAAAUCGAGCGGUAGAUUGGCUCGUGGUGCUUCGGCUCGCAAGAACCCAAAUGCACCCUAUCCUACCGAUCCAAACGAACGAGGUGACCCCGAUUUCGAUUGGGUGUUGGGAUACCGCACGAAAUUACUCGCAGAAUCCAUCUUUCGUUUCGAUCGCAACCUUUGCAACCAGCGCUUCGAACUUAUACUGGAGGACCUCUUGUUCUUGGGCCACCCUGUCUGUAUUGGAGACGAUGGAACGUGGCAAUGGGAGCAAUUAUAUGCAGAUCCAAAGACAAAAACCGAUUCCAAUGAUCCAAAUGCCGAUGAAAGUACAGAAGUCAACAAUACAGGAAAGUCACAGAGCAAGGAUCUAAAGAAUGAAGCAUCCCUCAAAUAUUUCCACCUCGUCCUUGUCCUAGAUAGACCUGAUGCCGCAUUGGGAGGGAGUGUGAACCUUACUAGGUUCAUAGAUGUCUACUACGAACAGAUUGCGGUGAAGAUGACAGCUGCAUUGCACUAUGAGCAAUCAAGAACUGGUUAUGUCGAGAAGGAAACGGACUUGUUAGUAGACCUAAUGGAUGCCGAGACCUAUGACGAAUUCGAGAGAACCGCUUUAGAGCGAUCUUCCCUCGCCCGUGCUAUUCGUGACAUUUUUGUCGCAGUACAAAACCAGCGACUUGCCCACGUAAACGUCGGCGCAUUUGAACUUGAUUUGCAAAUGCCUUGGUACCACGCAGAACUUUUGACUGGAGAGGAUGACCCCGAGGGUGCUG